AUAAACCCUUCAUCCCGCCGUAAAACAGAGACUCGCAGAGCGGCGGAGAGAGAGAUGGGAAGGUCUAGAAGAAAGUACAAGCAGUCGCGGACGAAGGUGCGCGUGGGGCUGCCGAAGAGGAAGCCCAACGUAUUCAAGCCCGCCUUCUGCCUCCCUCCGAAGCUCCGCGCCUUGCUGGCGCAGCAAGGGCCGGCCUCAGCCCCCCAAUGGGACGCCGAGGGCUCCGUCAUCCAAAACUACAAGUCCUUCGGCUUCGUCUCCAACCCUAACUUGCUCAGCCUCCGGUCUCGCAAUUCUCACAUGGUCGAGAGCGAUUCCCUCCAGGUCCCCCCUCCGGCCUCCGAUGACCCUGACGCCUCCGCAGAGCUCGAUUUCGCCGACGGCAGCGAUCUCGAAGAGGACGAUUUGAAAACUAGUCUAGGGAAGAAACGUAGAGAUGGAAAAUCUGCACCACUACAACCAUUAACGGCCAUGCAGCGUCUUCAUCUUGGUCGGCUCAUUGAGGAGUAUGGCGAUGGCUAUCAGAGAAUGUUCAUGGAUACGAAACUAAAUAAAAUGCAGCAUUCUGUCGCAACUUUGGAGAAAUUAUGCAGACGGUAUCAUGUGCAUAAAGAUAGAAAUCCCUUGAUAUUGACCCGUUGAGGAAUAUGCUCGAUCUUACAUGGCGGGCGACCUCAUCAGCAUCCUUCCGGCAUGAAUGCCGCGUCACCCUACUACUAUAAUUUAAUGACAUACUCCGAGGGUCAAUUGAAACCUUUUGAGUUUCAGGCGACACAUUGAGACCAUAAUUGAGUUUCAUGGACUUAAAGUGAUUUUCGGAAGCAAAAAUGUAUAUUGUUGUGAUAUGGAUCGUCAAAAUAUCAAGGCCAAUUAGGUUUAAGUUUUCAAUUGGUGUUGGGAAAAGAGAAAAGGAAUGUGCACAGGUUUUUUUCCAUACAAUCGGGAAAUAGGUUCUUCUUUAUAAUCCCAAUCAGUUUAAGAUUAGGAAAUAAGUUAGUUUUUCCUAUUCUAAAAGGAUUCAGGAAUCCUAUACUUAUAAGUCAUGAAACCAUCGGUCUAUCUACUAAAAUAGGCUUGUUGGGGCUGAUUAUUCAAACGAACAGUAUAUAAAAUACAGGGGUAGAAAGCCAAGAGUGAUAGAGAGAUCUAAAGUGAGGUUUUGUUGUUUAGCAUAAGUUUUCAAUAAGUUCUUGUAACCGAGUUGCUAUUCUCCACAGUGCAGGUGAUUUCUCAAAAAAGAUCACAUGAGAA